AUGUAUUCAAAUAAGUGUGAAGUAGAAAACUAUUUCGACCUCAAGGAAAGAGACAAAAAACCUCUCUCUCUCUCUCUCUCUCUCUCUCUCUCUCUCUAUCUAUCUAUCUUAAUGCCAUUCUGUCGGUGGAUAUUUUCGGGGCGUGCUUACCCGUAUGAGUCAACUUCUUAUUUUCUUUCGGUAAAAGAUUGCAACUCUCUCUCACUUUUAAAUAUUUUUUGCCUUCUCUCUAAUGUCGCUGACUCUCUUUUCCUCUGCUUUUUCGUUUUAUUACAUGCUUGGACGACAUUUAUUUUUCUUUUCAUUUCUAUCAAGCUUGUCUUUCUUACAAUCUAUCUAUCUAUUCAUUCAUCCAUCUAUCUAUCUAUCUAUCUAUCUAUCUAUCUAUCUAUCUGUCUCUGUCUAUAUAUUCAUCUGUCUGUCUAUCUAUCUAUCUAUCUAUCUAUCUAUCUAUCUAUCUAUCUAUCUCUCUCUUCCAAUAAAUGUCACAUUGUGUCAAUUCUUCUCUUUCUUUUUUUACUUCCACUGAUUUCAUUAAUUCAUUUGUGUCUUAAUCCUUUUUGA